AUGGCCGCUCCUCCCUAUCCUACAACCAAUGGCAACGGGACUCGUUCCACUGGACUCAUUGCGACGAACAAUGUCACCUGGGAGAAACACACUGUCCGAGCCCGUAUAGACCCUACACUCAGUGUCGCCGAUGUCAUCAAGCAGCUAUGUCUAAACCUGAAAAUACAGGAAUCUUCAACAAAUUUUGCCUUGCGGGACGAGGGAGAUCAACUGGUGACGAACGAGAAUUUGAGGAAGAUGAUUAAGGCGAAGUCCAAUCUGAAAUUGGUUAAUGCUCCAGCCAUUGAGGCGGUAGACAUAGUGGAGAAACUUAUCGUCCGUGACGAGAAGACUAUCAGGAUGACACUCUUCUCACUUCAAAAGUUCAUCAAGGAAGAGCAAUUUGCCAUAGAAUUUCUGAACCGCGACGGCGUCAGCAGAUUGAUCGACAUCAUCAACGUUAGCCAUGGUAACACCCUCGCUUAUGCUCUCACUGCGAUGCAGAACUUGAUGGACCUCGAAACUGGCUGGUCCAACCUCGACAAUGCAUUCAUCUUCCGUGUGGUCCAAAUUCUUUCCUCGCCACAAUCUCUCAUCAACGUCUGCCGACCAGCUACAGCCAUAUUGAAACGUCUAGUCGAAGCUGAUCCGUCUAGUGCCCCGGGACCGUUGAUGCCGAGUAGCAGCAGGUCCCAACCCCAUGCGCCACCAGGGUCAGUUUAUCGAUACGGCUUUGAUGCCGUCUUCGAGCAGAUGCGGAAAGAGCAUGGAUUACUGGAGACUGUGAUCAACAGGUUGGGCAGUGCAGACACAGCACUGGCAUUCAACAGUAUGAUGUUGAUUAACUCGUUGCUGGCGCAUGCCACGGAUACGUUGUGGGAAGCAUUCAUCGCCAAGCUCGAGAAGCUCAACAUUAGAAAGGCCGUCAUCAGUCUUAUGUCUUCACAUAUGGUCGAAGACCUCACUUCCUGCGUACUGGACUUCCAAGGCAAUAUCGCGCGCGUCACCUACCGGAAGAAGACCACCUUGGUCGAUCCGGAUCACGAAGAAGCCCAUGCUUCCGCAUUAGACUACAUCUGGUCGAAUUCAAAGCUGGGACCAGAGCCCGAUGGAGAAGGUGGGAUUAUCAAGUGGCGUAAGCUUGGGUUUGAUAGCGAGAACCUAAGUCGGGAGUUUGGAGAGGUGGGCGUGUUGGGUUUGGAUUGCAUGAAAUACUUCGUGAGGAACGACCCGGACUUCUUCUCCAAGGUAGCACAGGAACAGAACAGUCGGCCAUACGAACGUCGAUGUCCGGUUGCGAAAGCCUCAAAUGAGGUCGUCGAGCUGUUGUCUGAACAUUGGGCCAUCUUUGCACCUGGAUAUGCUACCUCGCCUACGUUUCAGCCAUUCUUCCUCAACUUCUUCAAAGUUCACGCACUAGCAACCAACUUCUUCCUCCGGAUGUGGAACGAAAGCGGGGCUUCACUCAUCGAUUUCACUCGAGUUGUGGCCCUCGUUCGAAGCCAAGUGAAGGUGGCUCUGGACUUGGAGAACAGCCGCGAGUGGCAUGAAGUCGAACAUGACUUUGCCGAUGCUGAGUAUCGUGCAGUGAGGGACAGGCAAAUGAAAGAGCUCGAAGACGAUGAUGAUCUGAUGAGCAAAGUGCCCGUUCGCAAUCUGCGUACGAAACUGCACAAAGAAUCCUACGAGUUUGUCCGACAACAGCGAAUACAGUGCUUACUGCAAGGAGCCUGGUUCAUGAAUGCCGUCCCGGCCAUGUCUCAACAUUCUCGUCGACCGACACGACCGUGGCGGUUCAUGCGGCUGGAACAUGGCCUCAAAUACCUCCACUACGUCGACUCGGAGGCCAAAUUCCCCGUGAGACAAGGUGUCGAAGACCUCCCGGACCGCAUCGACCUCUCCAUGGUCACAGAAAUUGCCAUCGGCUCAGGCUCCACCCCUCCAAACAUGACCUCGGACCAUUUGCCCUCUGGACUCCCGAACUCUCCUGCUGUCGCUUCGCCGCUGUCGUUCUCACUGUUAAGUGCGCACGAGGGGAGCCUGGCGGACCAGGUAGCACAGGACCAUUCGCGGUGGGCGGAUUGGACGGAUGGGUUGAAUAUACUGAGGAGGGAUGGAGGACAUGUGGCCAGUCCGGAGACGGCGGGCUUUGUGCAGACGUUGACGGAGAUUGGGUUGAAGAUCAAGCUUCUGGAUUUGUCGGGGGACAAGGUCGAGAUCCCCAGUGGGUUAUCGUCCGGGCCACCACCUACGAACACCGACUUCUACUUUUCGGACUUGUAUGAUCCACAGUAA